AGCGUAUACGUAUACACACCUAGAUGUGGACACUGACACAGAUGCAGAUACAGCAGCCAGCAGCCAGAGCAGCAUUGACAAAGUAACGUGAAACGUGUUGUGCGUGUGUUUAUGUGUGCGUGUGUGUGUGUAUGAAAUUUGUUGUGCGUGUUUGCGCGUUCAAUUCAAAUUUAAAUGGUCUUAACAUUUCAAGAAAACGAAAAUAAAACACAAGACGACAAAAAAAAAACACGCAAAUCGAAAAGUACUAAAACGGCAAACGCAGAGCCAAGAAAUUUCCGUGACUGUUGUCGUCGCUGUUGUUGUUGCUUUUAGUGUUGUUGUUAGUGCAUAGCAUCCCUAGUGCUGUCACGUUUCAACUCACAGGCUGUUGCAUUUGCGACGUCGGCAGCGCAGCUCAAAAGGGCGCUGGAAUUUCUCGGCUUCUGUUUUGCUGCGUCCUCUGCCUCUGUUGCUGCUGCUGCGUACAGUGUGACCAAAACCUUGCGAAAAGAGCGCGCGCGCCGCGGAUCUGAUAUUAUGAACGAAUUUGCGCUUUGUUAUUUUCCUUUUUGUUUUGUUUUGUUUUGUCAGUAAACACAUUUAUUUAUUGUAUAUGUUGUUGUUGUUCCAUAUAUGUGCCACAGUUUAAAAUUUCGUGCCGUCGUCUCAACGCAUCCGCAACUACAGUACAGCCUCUCUCCGCCCCUAACACCCACCCACCCCAAAGAGAAACAUAUUAAAACUUAAACAGCAAAAACAAAAAAAAACAAAAACAAAAACCCCAAACGAAAAAAAGACGCAAGAUCUAAAUAAAAGCAAAAAGAGAAGUGUUUGUGUGCAGUUCAGUGAGAGCGAGAGAGAGAGAGUGAGAGGAGAGAGCAGAGAGCAGCUGCAGCUUGAAACAUGUUUACCGAGGAGGGCAUCUUUCCCAUAGGCGAUGGCCUGCUGGACGUUGAUGCCGAACGCUUGAAGGGAUUACUUGUGUCGCAUGACAUCAACGAGAUCUACGAGGUGGAACAGACGCCGUUUGCCAGGGGCAAAUUUGCGGCAGUUCGUCGGGCGAUACACAAGAAUUCCGGUUCGCAAUUCGCUGCCAAAUUCCUAAAGCGACGCCGACGCGCCCAAAGCAGCGACAAGGAGAUCAAGCACGAGAUCGCCGUCCUGAUGCUCUGCAAGGGCGAGGACAACAUCGUCAACCUGAACGCUGUGCACGAGACGCGCUCCGACACGGCGCUGCUGCUGGAGCUGGCCACUGGCGGCGAGCUGCAAACGAUAUUGGACAACGAGGAGUGCCUCAGCGAGGCGCAGGCGCGCCAUUGCAUGCGCGAAACGCUCAAGGCUUUGAAGUUCUUGCAUGAUCGCUCCAUAGCCCACUUGGAUCUGAAGCCGCAGAAUAUUCUGCUGACUGGCGAGCGUAUUGAGGACGGCCUCAAGCUGUGCGACUUCGGCAUCUCGCGCGUCGUCUGCGAGGGCAUCAAUGUGCGCGAGAUGGCCGGCACUCCGGACUAUGUAGCACCGGAGGUGCUGCAGUACGAGCCAUUGUCGCUGCUGACGGACAUCUGGUCGGUGGGCGUGUUGGCCUACGUGCUGCUCUCGGGCUUCUCGCCCUUUGGCGGCGAUACCAAGCAGGAGACCUUCCUCAAUAUCUCACAGUGCGCCCUGACCUUUCCCGACAAUCUCUUCGGCGGCGUCUCCCAGGCGGCAAUUGAUUUCAUACGUCGCGCAUUGCGAAUUAAGCCAAACGAUCGCAUGAAUGCCGCUGGCUGCCUGGAGCACGUCUGGCUAAAGGACGAAUGCUCCUUGAAUAGGCAAAUCUACUUGCAGGCACAGCACGAUGCCGACUUUGUGCAGGAUGAUGAGGAUGAGGAUGAGGACGAUGAUGAUGAGGACGAGGAGGAGGAGGAUGAUGAAGGCGUUGAAAAUGUUUCACAGCAACAGCAGCAACAGCAACAGCAACAAAACGGCACAACAGCAGCAGCAACAGCAGCAGCAACAACUGUUGGCACUGCAACAGGAAGCAACAAGGCGACGCACAAUGGGCACAGAGCACACGGCAGCUCGAAGAUACCAAUCGCCACCAGCCACAAGCUGAGCCCCAGCACAGAGACUACAACGGCCAUACACACACUGCCCCAGGCGCUGACCAUGUCGCUGGCGACAACAAAUGCAACGAAGCCCACACAGAUUGUGACACCGACGCGACGCGCCUCGGACUCGGACAAGGAGAACACCUACACGGCGACGUUUGUGAAGAAGCCGAUGGCCAGCACGGCCACCAUACAGAUCGGCAGCAAUGGACUGGAGGAGACGACAGUGAUUGCCACGCUGGCGCUGUUCCCGGAUGCGCCGACCACGCCCAAAGUCAUACGCAAGACACCCGCCACGGAGGCCAGCUCGGCGACGUCGGUCAAGGCCUUGGUCAAGAAGUUUCAGCUGGACGAGCUCGAGGCGCACAACAACAGCAGCUCCAAUGGCAAUCUGGCGUCCACAGUAACGCAGCUGCAGCUGCAGCAGCCCCGCAAGUGCUCAGUGCCCAGCAUUGCGAUGCCACCGACCAGCAACAGCAACAGCAAUACCAACAGCAGCAGCAGCAAUAUGCGUCGCAGUGUUAGCGGCAGCAGCAGCAGCAACAGUUGCAACGGCCCAGUCAUCUGCAACAAUGUGCGACGUGCCUCAGAGCCACUGACCGCUGUGCACAAGAAGCAACACAGCAGCAGCAGCAGUAGCAGCAGCUGUAGCAGCCCCAACUCAAUUUCCAACAGCAACAGUAAUACCAACAGCAGCAACAGCAGCAGCAGCAGCAGCAACAAUCCCAGUGGCAACAGCAGCAGCAGCGGCAGCGCAGGUGGCAGCAGCUCGACGCUGCUGUUGAAUGGACGGAUGCCAACGACAGCGACUGCGGCGGCACAUCAUUUGCAUCGCCAUCAUAUGCACCAUCAUCAUCAUCAUCAUCAUGCGGUGAUCGCCGCCAAGAAUGCCGCUGCUGCCGCCACCAACAACCUGAGCUUGGACCAGGGCAUCAUCUGUUAGCUAAGGGCCGAACGUGUGCGCCGCAAUGCCAAAAGUUUCUUUCACCGCUUCCUUUGCUGCAUGUAGCAGUGCCUGAACGUGUAGGCGUGGUCGGCGCCCUAGCUGCCGCAUGCCCGCCUCCGAGCAGAUCAAUCAGGAGACGGACGGGGGCCAGGGGAGUUCAGGGAGCCAAGGGAUCCAAACUGACCCAAGGGAGCAGUUGCCUGCCAAUUGCCAAAAUUGUCGACGUCUACGCGUGUCUUGCGGGAAGUUUUGUUUGAUUUUGAGUUUCUUAGUUAAUGUUAUUAGCCUCUAGUUGAUCUAAAUAAAAGAAGAAUAAGCCACACACACAUACACACACACACACAUAUACACCUACACACACAUACACUCAACUCACCAUGCCCCCGCCACCCCCCACUAACCCAGCCGAUUUCCCAAGUUAACUCCCAAUAUAUUGUUAAGUUGAUCUGGAAUUAUAUAAACAUAAAUCUACAUAAUGAUAAUAAGAAUAAUAUAUACAUAUAUAUAUAUAUAUAUAUACAAACAUAUAUAAAGAUCUAGAUAGAUAAGUUCACAUGCGUAUGUAGAUGAAUAUCGAGUAUUUCGUAAGAUGAGUGGCCGUUGUCUUUGGCAUUGUGUCGGGGCGCAGAUGAAUGUGGAGCGAGACGGCGAUAGCGAACGAGAGGUGAAUAGGAAAUGGGAGCCAGAGCGAGAGGGAGCUAGGGUAAAGGCUGCAACGUAUUGGCCAAAUUGCGAAUUGCAGUUAUCUAAAAGAAAUAUGUAUACAUACAUAUAUAUAUAUAUAUA